AUGAAUUAUUAAAUUAAGGGGAACUUUAACUAUCAUCUAGAAAUCUAAGCAUAAUAGUUAAAUGAAACAACUAACAUUACUAUCAAUGCUUUCUCUUCAAAAAUCAAUUAAAUACCUUUAGGAUGCAAAUUUUAAUGGUUUAAAAAAUUAGAUAGUGAACGGAUAAAAAUUGAGACUCAAGGCAAUAUUUAUCCUUGCAGCAUAUUUGAUGUUGGCUAUAAGAUUGAGGCUAUAGUACAACCUUUUGAAUCAGGUUAUGAAGGCUAGGCUAUUGUAGAAUUCCAAAAAAUUCAAAUUUCAACCUCAUUAGAAAAUAAACUCUCUUAAUUAUAUCACAAUAAUAUGAAGUAACAUUAGAGUUAAUUAUGAUAGAUAAUAAAUUAAUUGUAAUGAAUAGAAUUGGAUAUUUUCCUUAGAGUUUUUAGAAAAUAGUACAACCCAGUAAAAAAUUUAAUAUGCAGAUUAAUGUAUUCUUCCUAAUUAAAAUUAACUUCAAGUCUAAUUCAACAAUUAAAUAAUGAAAUUUAAGAAUAAAGAUGAUAAAGGUAUAGAAUAAAUCAAUAUUAGAUGCAUUCUGUGCAUUUUUCAUUUCAAUGUAAUCAUUAAAGAGAGUACAUUUGAAAUUUAUAGCUUAUAACAUAGGCAAGUUAAAUUAAAAGUAAGUAAAUUUUUAAUAAUUACUUAAUGCUCAAUUAAUAUAAUUAGUAAAUGAGAGAUCAGCAAUGCCAAUUAAAAAAUUUGAACCAAUUUAAUCUAAUAUUAUGAUGGCUACCAGUUAAGACUUGAGAACAAAUAAUCAAAUUUAAAUAAACCAACUUAAAUAAGAAAUUGUUUAAUUAUAAAAUGAAAAUCAAAAAUUUCGACUAUAAAUUGAUAAAUUAUAUAAAGAGAAUAAAGAUUUAGGUAAUAUAUUUUAUAUUUUUGUUGAUAGAAAUUAAUAGUAGAUCUAAUGUUGCUUCAAAAGACUAAUUAGAUAGUAUGGAUAGAUUAAUAUAAUCAUUGAAAAAUGAAGUAUACUCAUUAAAAUAAAGAGAAAAUGAUUUAAUGAAUUAAAAUAGUCGAUUGACUAUGGCAUUGAAUGAAAAGAAUGAUAAAUAAGAAAAAUCAUUAUCAUAAUCUUAAUUUUUAGAUGAAAUGAAAGUUAAAUAAUAUUAAGAGAUGCUUUAAGAAUGCAAUAAUGAAAAAUUAAAAUUAUAAGAAGAACUUAAUAAAUAUUAAAAGUUUGGUUAAUCUUCAAGAACAAGUUAAAAUAAUGAUCAAGAAAAAGAUAAGUUAUUAUAGGUUAAUUAAAAGUUAAUGUAAGAAAUAGCUACAUCAACAAAUAAAAUAAAAGAAUUAUAAUUAGAAUUAGAAAUGAUGAAAAAUAUGAGCAGGAUAAGCAUGUCUAUGUCAAUGAUGGAAGAUCCUGUUAUGAAAACUAAAAUUGAAUAAUUAGAGUAAGAGAAUUAAUAUCUAUAAAAAAAAAUAACAAUUUUAGAGGAUGAAUUAUCUAAGAAAAAAUAACCAAAACCGUAAAAAUAAUAACCUGAUAAAGAUUUGUAAAUUCAAAAAUUAACUGAAGCAAAUAAACGCUAUUUAGAAGAAAACCUAAAAUUAUUUGAAGAAAUAAGAUAAUUAAGAGAGAAAUUUGAUUAUUCAUCAAUUUUACAUGCAUCAAUGAAAGAUUCAUAGAUUUAAGAAAAUGCUGUAAAUAUUUAAUUAGAAUAACAAAUUGAAAGAAUGUAAUAAAUACACAAUUUAGAAAUUUAAAAGAUGAAAAAGAAAAUAGAAAAAUUAACAACUGAAUUAUAGGAUGCUAAUCAGAUGAAAAAAUAAUGUGAUUAAUUAAUUAAAUAAAAUAAAAGAUUAGUAGAAGAAAAUACACAUUUGGCAGAACAAAUAAAAAAUUUAGCUGAUAUAAAUAUAUCUAGAUCUAUUUGUGAAAAUAUUAAUAGUUCUAAGAUAUUUAAUAGUGAUCAAUAUAAAGAAUUAGAACAAUAAUUGAAUGUUUUAAAAAGAAAGAAUGAAGAAAUUUAAUCUAAAUUAGAAUUUCACUUGUAAAGAGAUGCUUAAUAAUUAGAGAAAAUCAAAUUAUAAGAAAUAGAAAUUACAAAAUAUAAAAAUUAGAUUAGAGAUAUUGAGUAUAAUAAUUAAGAUACUAAUGAACUUAAACUUCUUAAAACUUAAAUAGAUGAUUAUUAAAAAACCAAGGAUAAUUUAAUGAGAGAAAAUAUAUAAUUAAGAGAUGAUUAUUCUGCAUUAUUAUAAGAUAAAGAAUAUUUAAAUGGUAAAAUUAAAUAAUUAGAAAAUUCCAUCUUUGAAUUAAAGUAAAAAUAGAUGUAAUUACAAGAAGAAAAUCGUACACUUAAAUUGUUUCCUUAAAGUGCAGAAAGACAAUUUAACAUUUAAAUUCAAUAAUUAUAAUCAUAAAAUAAAAAUUUAACUGAAGAAAUAGUAAGGUUAUAAACACAACAAAAUGCAUUUAAAGAUUUAAAUCAAAGCAAUCUUUCCAUUAGUGAAAGUGUUUUAGGAUCAAAAGUCUAUGAAGCAAAAGAAUAUAAAUUAUUAGAAAAUCAGAAAGAAUUACUUUUAAAUGAAAAUUAAUAAUUAAAGUUGGAUAUUAGAUAAGAAUAAUAGAAAUUAGAAGAAUUAAACUAAUUUUAAGAGUAAAUUAAAUAACUAUAAAAUGAAAAAGAAAUUUUAAAUUAAUAAUUGAUAUCUAAUAAAGAAUAACAUUCAAGAUAAUUAAUGUCUUUAUAAAAUGAAAUUGAUAAAUUAAAUUAAUAAAUUUAAAAUAUGUCUAUAAAUGAAAGUAGAUAUAAGAUUGAUGAUAGUAAAUUUGAUGAUUAACUUUCUUAAAAAUAAUAGGAAAUUUUAAAAUUAGAAAAUGAAAAUAGAUAAUUGAAUUAAUAAAUACAAAAAAUAUAAUUACAAUAUGAUACUGAAAUUAGAAGAUAGCAAACAUAGUUAUCUGAUCUUUAAUUUGAAAACAAUAAAUUAAUAAGAGAAAAUGCUUUAUCUAAAUAACUUUCUGAGUAAGUAAUUGUGAAUUAAACUGAAAAGAAAUUGUAUUAAAGUUAAGAAAGUGAAAUUACAUAAUUGAAAAAUCAAUUAGCAGAUAAAACUCAUUAAUUAAAAGUUAUCUAAACCAAUAGUCAAAAUAAUAUGGAAGAGUUAUAAUAAGUUAUUACUAAAUUAGGAUUAGAAAAUAAAAAUAUUAAUGAAGUGCAUAAUUCGAUCAAAUCUAGGCUCGAAGCAUAAAUAAAUAAAUUAAUCGAAUAACUAAAAGAAAAAGAUUUAUAAAUUAAUAGAAUAACUGAAGAAAUUAGAAAAAAAGAUUUAGUAAAUUAAUAGCAAGAUGAAGAUCUUUUUAUGAAAUCAAAUUAAGUUGAAUAAUUAAUUCAAUAAAAUAAAGGACUUGCUUUAUAAUUAAAUAAUUUGAAUUUUGAAUUAUAAGAAUUAAAAAUGGCUAGCUUAUCUCAUUCUUUUUCUAAAUCUCAUAUUGAUGCUAGAGAAAAUGAAAAUUAAGAAUUGUAAAAUGAAAUAUAAACUUUAAGAAUUUAGAUUUAAAAUCUUGAAUAAUCUUAACAAUAAUUAUUAUAUGAAUAAUAAUAAACAAUUAAACAACAAGAAAAUUCUAAAACGAUUUAAUUAGAAGAUGAAAUUGUUUAUUAUUAGAAAGAAAUUUAAUUAAUCAAGACCAAAUUAUAAGCCACAAUAGAAGAUGCAGAAUUUUAUAAAAGAGAAUUUAUAUAAAGUUAAUAAUAAGUGGAAAAAAUGAGAAAAGAACAAGUAUCAAAAUAAAAUGAAAAAUUAUCAGUUAUAGAAAAUGAAUUAAUUUAAAUCAAAGAAACUAAAGAAGAAUUGAUUUUAGAAAACUCUGAGUUAUCUGAUAUUAUUUAAAAAUAACAAAAAUAAAUGGAUGAUUUGUAAUUAGAUUUGGAUGAUUAAAUUGAAAGUAAUAAAAUAAUUACAAAAUCGAAAAUCUAAUUGUAGUUGGAAUUUGAUAAAUUGUAAAGAGAAAAUUAACAAUUAAAUGCUAAAAUUAUAGAUUUAUCUAAUCUCUAAUAGAUAGGUAAAGAAAAAGAAUUAAAUGAAUCUUUAAGAAAAUUAUAAUCAAUAGAAUAAGAAAAAGCCAAAUUAAGUAUUUAAUGUGAAUAAUAUCAAAAGCUUAUUGAGAAUUUAAAAUAUAAUUUUGAAAUAUUAGAGAAGAAAAAAGAUGAGUUUGAAAUUAAAUUUCAUUCCAGCGAAUAAUAAAAAUAAGAAUUAUAAUUAUUACUAAAAUAAAAAGAUCAAUAACUAAAAUAGUUUUAAUAGGACAAUUAGUAUUUGAGUAAAGAACUUGAUAAUGAAUAAUAAAAAAAUACAAGCUAAAAAAAGAAGUUUGGUGAAUUAACAGUAUAAAUUUCAAAUAAAGAAAAUGAAAUAUAAUAAUUAAUUUUCAAAGCUAAGACUUUUGAAGAUUAAAUUUAGAAAAGAGAUCAAUAAAUAAAUAUAUUGAACAACUAAAUAGAAUAAUUAAAUUCUUAAAAUGUUAAAUAUUAAAAUGAAAUUAUUCCUUAUUUGAACUCAUAAUUAGAUUAAGAAUGUUUAGAGAAAGAUUAAUUAAAUCAAUAAUUAGAAGAUUUAAAGGAAUAAUUUGCUUUAAUGGAAUAAUAAAUUUUAAGUAUAAGUAGAGAAAAAUCACCUACUAGAUCAAAGAAUAAUUCAUUAAGCAAACCUUUUGAUUAAGGGUUAAAUGAUAAAAUAACAUAAUAAGAAUAAACAAUAAAUUAAAAAAAUCAAUAAUUAGAGAGAUAUCAAGAAUAAAUCAAAAUAUUAACUUAAUAAAAUAAUGGAUUAUUAUAUUAAAUUAAUAAAUUAAAUGAUGAUUUAAAAGAAUUAUAGGAAAAAUCUUUUUCUUUAGACAGAAGUUCAGAAACAUAUCUCAUAAAUAAAAGUUUUAAUUCAAAAUAUAAUACAGAAAAUGACUUAAUUUUAUAACAUCAUUAUUAAUCUUAAGAUUUAUAUGAAAGUGAUAGGAAAAGAUAAUCAUAAUAUUAAUAAUUUGAACAGACUCUACAGGAAAGUGUUUAAGAAAAUAAUAAUUUAAAAUAAGAAAUAGUUUAAUUAAAGUAAGUUAUUUAAAAAUAAAAAGAAGAAUAUGAAGAGUAAAUUUAAUUAAUUUCUAAUUCAAAUCAUCAUUAAAUAAAAGAAUUAAAUAAUAAAAUUGAUAAAAUGAAUUAAUAGGAUGAAAAAACUCGUAUAUUGUCUUAAUAAAAUCAAUCUAUUAGAAAUGAGUAUUAAUAAUAAAUUGAUAGAUUAGAAGAAGAGCUUUUGAUGAAAUAAGGUUUAGAAUAAUCAAACUAAAGAUUGAAUAAUGAAAUAAGAUUAUAAAUAACAAAAGUUGUAGAUUUGUAAAAGCAGUUAGAUGAAUUACAAGAAUAAAAUUAGUUAUUGAAUUUAUAGAUUUAAGAGUAAGAUGAUAUUAUAAAAGAUCUGCAAAGGAUUAAAAUUCAAAACUCAGAUUCCUAAAAAGUGUAAAAAGAGGGAGAAUUCCUCUAACUUAUAUAAUAAUAAUAAGAUGAAAUUCUUUUACUCAAAGAAUUAAACCAAAAAUAUGAAUAAUAAAUACAAGAAUAUUUAAGUAAGAUACAAAGUAUUGAAAAUGAGAUUUAAAAAAAAACUUAAUAAAUAUCUAUAAAAGAUAGUUAAGUAAAUUAGAGUAAUAGAAAAACCAAGAAACUUGAAGAAUAGAUAUAAAUGUUGUAAGAUUAAUUAAAAGGACAAGGUAGUUUAGUUACAUAAAAUAAAGAGGAGUUCAUAAUUUAAUUACAAAAAGAAUUAGAAUAAGAUAGAGCUGAAAUAUUUGAAUAGUAAAAAUUAAGUAUUUCUUUGAAAUAAAUUUAGUUAAAUAACAAGAAGAAUAGAUUGAUCGAUUAACAAAAAGUAAUUCAGCAUUAAUGUAAGAGAAUUGUAGACUUAAUGAUUAAGUAAAAGACAACUUAAAUGUAAGUUAUUACAGUAGUGAUUCACAAAAUCAAUGA